CCAGUGCUGUAGAUUUGGCCGAAAUUUCGGACUCUGGGGCAUUGUAUGCAGCUGGCAAACCGUCCUCUGCCAGUAACCCCAGUCUCUCCAGCUGUGUUGUGCUCAGACACAAAGUUCAUGACGGUAGCUGACGGUGACACGUUAGCGCUCAUCAUGCCUGUCCGAGCAGAGUGCUGCAGUACCACCGGCUCGGCCUGCCUGUCCUCGGCUUCUCUUACGCCCCCUGCCCCGAUCAAUACCCACCAACCAGGGGUAGCCACCUCAUUGCUCUACAGCGGCUCGCAGUUUCGUGGUUACCAGAAGAGCAAAGGCAACUCCUACGAUGUUGAGGUUGUCCUGCAGCAUGUGACUGUGGAGGACUCAUAUUUGUGUGGAUACUUGAAGAUCAAAGGCCUAACUGAGGAGUAUCCCACUCUCACAACAUUCUUUGCUGGUGAAAUUAUCAGUCGAAAGAGACCCUUUUUAACAAGGAAGUGGGACGCAGAUGAGGAUGUGGACAGAAAGCACUGGGGCAAAUUUCAGCCUUUUUACAAAUAUGCCAAAAGCUUCAACUCAGAUGACUUUGACUACGAGGCACUGGACAGCAGCGAUUAUGUCUUCAUGAGGUGGAAGGAGCAGUUUCUGGUUCCAGACCACACUAUCAAAGACAUCAGUGGUGCCUCCUUCGCAGGCUUCUAUUACAUCUGCUUCCAGAAGUCUACAGCCACUAUUGAGGGCUACUAUUACCACAGGAGCUCAGAAUGGUACCAGUCCCUAAACCUAAACCAUGUUCCAGAGCACAGUAUGCCCAUUUAUGAAUUUCGGUGACAAACACACAUGAACGCAUUGAGUCAAGGAGGGGACAGUUCAACCUGCCCAGCUGUUAAAUGGGACGUGAACGACGGAUAGCCCUUUGAUGUCAAGAUUGGAGCUGACCCGUUUUCCUCGCUGCAAGGAAAUAAACGUGUGGUCACUCGUCACUCUUCUGGUAGACAGAAAGAAAGAUGGCCCAGAGAGACAGAAGAGUUGAAAAGAAGACAAAGAUUAGUGCCAGAUGGGCAGGUCUCACAGUUGCUGUAGAACUGAUGUUUGCCUGGGAUUUAAUUUUUUGAUUUUUUUAAUUUAUCUUUUUUUUGGCCUGUUUUUUAUUUUUAUUUUGUACUAUCUGGAUUCUUGGUGCUCUUAUAGGAUCUACAACCCUUUAGUUGAACAUCAAAAAGAUUCCUGUUUUCCUUCAGUGGAAACAUAAUUAUUUUGCCUUUUUAGUUAAGAGUUACAAAAGAAAAUAUGGUACUCUUUUUAAAAGAGAGUAUAAAGAGUUUUGUUAAGUAAAGCGUAAUUUAUUUCUUCUUAAUACAAGUAUCUUUGCAAUAACUCUUUGAUGCCCCGUAGUGAUGGAUGCAGAGUAAGAUAGAAGGGGGGCCUUGCCAAAAUGUUGAAACAGAAGCAAUGAUGAGCAGUGAUCUACUUUUUAUGCAAGUUCUGUAAGACAUGGUCUGUUGAUCAGGGAUGGUACAAUCAGGCAAUAUGCAUUUUAACUGAAAACCAACAGCUGAAUGUGAUAGAGUUGAAAUGGCCUGAGUUAGGAUUGCGGCAAUGUUGACCACUGAACAGUUCAUUGAUAACCAAUCAUUUCCACGCCGCUGCUGCUUCAGAAGAUCCUCUAAACACAACAAAAAGUCUGGAAAUGGCUUAACAUAAUUGUUUUUCUAUGCAAGCCAAAGGUCACUAAUAGCUAGGGUUUCUAUCACUACUCACUAACUUAUUUUCAGAUUAUUUCUCUUUCAGAGUGAUUUAUUUAUUUAUUUUUAAUCAAGAGUGACCCUUAGUUAAAAUGCACAAGAAGGAUAAAGAAUCGUGGAAUUAAUAAGAAGGUUUAUGUUAUUGCGUCAACCAGCAUGUGAAACUCAGAUGUGACAGCACAUUCCAGUUCAAAAGAUGAGCUCUUUCAGCAUUUCAGUCGCAUAAGAGGUGACGACAAAUGGCAGCAGAAUAGAGAUGUCGGUACACGCACCUCAAGGGCACACAGAGUUUAAGUGACAAGAAAAGUUGAUGUGUAAUGCAACGAAAACAAUGCAGUGUGAUGAAUGUUGAUCCUAGUAGAAUAUAUUUUUCUUCAGUUACAGUUUGCUCUUGAUCAUUUUCAUCCUUUCUACAUGAUUUCCAUGUUUAGAAGUGGCUAAAUGUGGCAGUUAAUGUCUCUUAUAACUUUAAAAUGAAGGCACAACAGUUGGACGUAACACAGAGCUUCAUAACAUUGUCAUUGUAUUUUAUUGUUCUGCCCUUAAUGGAGAAUUGUAUUAAAAGCACCUUGUGGCUUAUUAAGUGUUAAGUAGGAUGAUACUCUAGGAAAAACCUGCUGCCUUACAAUUUUAAACGCAAGUCUCCCAUUUCCCUUAAGUGGUUAGAUUAGUCAUGUUUCAUUAGAAAGAAAUCUUUGGUAUAUUUCCGUGGGAGAAACAGUACAAAAUCAUGACAGAACCUUCUGUCCCACUCUGGGGGGAUUCUUUUGGAAAUAGUUUAUAUAAAAGUUUGCCUGCGUCUUUGUUGCUUACAGACUUUACAUGGCUUGCCAGUCUGCAACAUGACAAGUAGGCUUGAUGGGUUGUGGGAAUACUGUUCAUGCUGUGUUUUUUCUCUCCUUUUUUUUUUUUUUUUUUUUUUAAAACCCAUGAAUAGUAUCUGAAUGGGAAAUGUUCCAUAUGACUUCAAGAUAAUCUGCUUCAUCAUUAAUCAUGUAACAGAAAACAACAAAAUGUGCAAUGUAAGAAAUGUUUAUUUUAGAGUGUCAUUAAAAAGUUUGAAUGCAACCGAUAUAGAAAGAUCCAUCCAAAAAAUGAUGCUGUAUGAUAAAUCUAAAUGAGUGUCCUGUGUGAGGAGAAAUAAAAAGUGAAC